AUGCAAAAGGCAAUGAAAAGCGCAGAAUAUAUAAAAGCUAACAAUGACUGGUUAGAUGCCCAAGCCAACGCUAAAGCAGCCCAACUUAUAGGGUCAAUAAGGACAAAAAUACAAGCGGAUGAAGACAGUUCAAAUGAAGCUUUAAUGAAUGCUGACUUUAAGAACGCCUUUGAAGCUCUUCAUAGUAAGGUGAAACAAGUGAACGACUUCUCAUCUGGAAAGAAACUGAAGUCUGAAGGUUUCGACAAAGAGUUAAGAGAAGUAGCACAAAAUAUGACGAAAAUAACAGAUGCAGCAACGAGACAGGCAGUUCAAAGCGCCUAUGACGCCGUUAGAGCAACUGUUGUGGAAAGUCAAGAAAAAGAGUUACAACAGACCAAAACAGACCUAGUAAAUGCUUUCUUAAAAACGAAAAGUCAGGUAGGACAUUAUGCUGCAGAUGGAACAUAUGUGCCAGCUGGUGGAACUUAUAUACCAGCUGGUGGAACUUAUAUACUAGCUAGUGGAACCUAUAUACCACCAAACCCUCCAAGAGAAGCACCUGCACCAGGACUACCUAAAACAUUUACAUCGUCACAUGGACACAGACACAGGCAUGCACCAAAACCAACACAACAACCAACAGUUCAAAAUCCAGCACCACAACCAACAGUUCAAAACACUGCACCACAACCAACAGUUCAAAAUCCAGCACCACAACCAACAGUUCAAAACACUGCACCACAACCAACAGUUCAAAACACUGCACAGCAACAACCACAAACAGAGCAAGGACAUAAAAGAAGUAGAGAACAAGGAAACCAAGAAUUCUUAAAAAUGCUUAAGGAAGACUAUGGUUACCCAGAUACUAUUGACUUUAGUGACAGAUAUAAAGAAGCUAUUAGAAAGUUCAAGGAAGGAAAUACUGACCCGAACCUAUUUAGCUUUAUGGUUCAGCACCAAAUGGGAUAUAAUUUCAAACCUGGAAAAUACAAGCUCGCUAAGGGAUAUGAUUUAAUAGCAUAUCAUCCAAAUGACAUGAACGAAUUUACUCCGAGAUAUUUGGU